GAGAGGAGGAGACCAGGACAGUGUGAAUACGCCAUUUGUUCGUCUUGACCCCCGUUGUCCUCGUUGGCUUUGCUUGGUGCCUUUAGCGUACAGGGUGACUGCCUUUAACGACGACAAGUGCCAUUCUUGCAAACGCACUUUCGCUGCUGUAAGACUCUCAUUUAGGUGUGUGUGCUUGACUGCUUGCUACAGGCCCAAAGAUGCAAGGACUGGGAAAGACAGACAGAGGAGAGCAGGGUCGGGACAUGGACCUAACAUCGCUGAGAUCCACCAUGCCAGUCGGCGGCCCUCUCCAGGGAGGUUCAGCCGCUAGCUUGAACAUGAACCUUUAUGCCACCAAGAAGACAGCAGCUGAAGGCAUGUUGGACAUUGCUCUCUUCCUGGCAAACAUCACACACAUGAAGACUGUCAUUGAGCAGGGGGCUGGAUACAGGUACUAUGCUGCGGUCCUGACACUCAUUUCCUUCUCCCUGGCCCUUCAGAUUGUGGCUGGAGUGCUGAUUAUCAUAAUUGGGCGUCGGGACCUAAACAACUCCACUCUUCAAAGGCGUUUGGACUACCUUAACAAUGUAACGACGAUCAUCGUCUUCAUCACCACCGUCCUCAACUGCUUCAUCAGUACUUUUGGAAUGCAGAGGACGGGAUACUUCCCAUGGCUCAUGAUGCGCAUUCAUUGAUUACAAGUUGGCGCACAACAUGUAACGUGUCAUUCUUUCACUUACUUCUGUGACUUUAACAGAUCCUAUUUCUGUUAACCUGGACUUGAAUAUGCUCUAAAGUAUGUUUUAGCCACCCAAAUUUUACCCUGACAAAGUAUAAAUUGUUUGUUCUCUUAUUUUUUUCGUACAUAUUUAGACUAAGAUUUAAUAACUUUAUUGACUCAACUAUAGUACAAUUGUCUCUUUUUAAAGGUAACGGUUUCCUCUGUUAAAAACUUAAAAAAAAAUGCUUUGUUAUGAUCAUGAGAUCCAUUAAGUCUUUGGUGCCAACUCCUAAUUUUUUGAAAGAAAGCUGGAAUGAAAAAAUGUUGUCAGGCUUGAUUGUAUUCUCAUUUUACAAAAAAGGUGGGGUGAAUGGGAGCUGUAUUUCCUGAGAAACAAAAGUAUGAACUGAAACGAAACUUAUGUUUUAUCAGAAGCCGGAGCAGUUACAUUUUCGUCAGUUUCUAUCUGACAAGUCCAUUUCACUGCACCAUCUGCUGUUUCCGGUGCAAAAUCAAAAAGUCUUGUAUCUAGUACGGUGACAACUGCAGAUAAGACAAAAGAAAUAGUUAUUAGAAAUAGUCAGUUAUUGCAAAAGCAAAAGAACAUUAUGAAGAUGGAGAUUCUUGAUCAGAAUCAGAAUCUUUUUUGCUCCAUAACAUCUGUUAUGGAGCAAAAAAACACAGUUUAGACAUUGCAGAAUUGAAAGAACAGAAAGCAGGCGAUGAUCAAAACUACUGGAAUGGUUGCUAUAAGGCUGAACAGACAUGGUAGCAAACUCAACAUUGGUCAAGACAGAGAAAAUUUGCUUGUAAAACUAAUUAGGAAUUAAUAAUAAAUAACUCAGUAAAAACAAAGAGCAUGUUUAGGACCAUCCCUUUCUAGAUGACUUUCAGGUGAUAGGAUAACAUAAUGAAGUCAGGGCAUGCUUGAAAAGUUCUUAAAAAAAAGCUUUAUUUUUUAAGCUUUAGGUCAUAUUUUAUGCAGAUGCAGUUAGAACUUUUUUCUUUACUGUUUAAAAAAUCUGUGUAUGCUUUGUCAAAAGUCAUUAAACCAGUUUUGACUGUCACAAAUCCCACUGAAAAUUCAAUAAAUUACAGUUUUAGCUUCAAAAAGA